AUGACACCCAAGAAGAAGGCACAGAAAAUAACAAAAUUGAAAAGUUUGUACCGUCGGCGGACCAACAUUUUGGGUUCCGCUAAUUUGAUUAAAAUAUUUGAUGAGUCUUUCGAUCCCACUAAAAUCGAUCAAUUGUCCAUUCGCAUUCAACGUCUUGAUGCAUUAUGGCGCGAGUUCGAAGAGACUCAAGACGAAAUAGAAGUCCUAGAAGACACCGAUGAUGAAUUUUCGCAAGAGAGGCUAGAAUUUCAAACGCUCCAUUAUGAGCUGAAAGGAUCUUUGCAAAGCAAGAUUCCUUUGCAGCAAUCACAACCACCUCCUCAAUUCAACAUAAGUCAAUGUGUGGAUAUUAUCAUCGGUACUGAGCUGUCUUUCAACCUUUUGGAGUAUCAGCAAUUCUCUCUUGGCCCGGGUUAUCCAACCCUUCAGAAAACGGUUUUUGGAUACGUCGUUUGUGGAAAGCUAGACCAGCCGCCAUCGAUACGACAAUUGCAACAAUCCUGUCACAUCUGUGUCAAUGAUAGGCACGAUACCCAACUCCAAGGCUUCUGGGAAAUCGAAAGUUUCGAAGACCGUAAAGCACUCACUCCAGACGAACAGCACUGCGAAAAUCACUUCAACUCCACCACUCCACGCGACAAAACGGGUCGCUACGUCGUUCGGCUUCCGCUAAAGGAAAACGAAUUGGAAAUGCUCGGUGAUUCAUACACUUGUGCACUCCGACGUUUCCAACAAAUGAAAAGAAGGUUCGCCACCGAUGAAAAACUUCGUCGUGAUUAUCACCAGUUUUUGGAGGAGUACGAGACGUUGGGUUACAUGGAGUUGACAUCGCGCGCGUCCUGUAGCCCACAAUUUUUCCUACCCCAUCAGGCCGUCUAA